CGCGGUUGCAACAGGUGGCUCCGCUACCUGACGCGCGCGAGGUUUUUACCUUGCUGUUUGCGCUUUGCAUGCGCUGAGGAUUUUUCCAAUUAGACAAUCACGUCUGCCUUACGCAUAGCCGAGGGUAGCCAUUGCACACGACGCGUGUUUUAAACGACAAAAGCAAAAAGCCCAGUGGUUGGGGGUCUCCGUUCUUUAAGGCCCAUACUGCAUCUCUUUCAAUCUUCGAUGUUCAAUUUUGCCAGGCUGUUUCCUCCAAGUUUGGGGUCGACAGACAUGCAGUAACCCACUAGAGCAGCGGACUGAUGGAAACGAGCUCUCGUGCCAUGUUUAUCUUAUCCAUCGCCUAGCCGGUCAGUACUGCGUGCUGGCUGGAUCCUUCAGACGUUUGCAAGGUUUGCCUGCAUUCACAUUCGGCCGCAAAAUGGCGUGUGAGUGAUGCAAGUGUUCGAGGUUUUGACACAGUCCACCGGUGGUUGAGUUUCAUAGAAUAUAUACGUAUAAUAAUGUAUCAUAUUUAUAUAUAUAUAUGCACAAAGUGCUUGGUGUGUCUGGUGGCAAUCAGGCCUUCACGCUCUAAUCAAAUCUGCUGGCACGCUGCUUUCAAUCGCCAUUUCGCUUUGAUACACUUGACGUUUACAGCAUUUCUGCAACACCCUUGAGUUGGAUACAUCACGGCUGUAUCGUGAAACUUUCGAGCAUUUACUUGGAUAACUCCUGGAGUCUGGGAAAGGUAGAAUCUUGCCCCCCAAGAGGAGAUGCGCAUGCACAAUCAAGAUUAAUCAAGAGUAUCAUGCAUGCGUGUAUAUAUAAAUAUAUACACGCAGGGUUAUAGAGAGAGAAGGAGAGAGGGAGAGUCGUAUGUCAUCUGGUUUGUCACAUUGCUUCGCCCUUGAAGUGUUUGCCAACCAAUUUCUUUUUGCUCUGAUAUUCCAAGUUUUUGCACUGGCCCUUCCAGAAUUCCAGCAGAAUAGUGUCCUUGCUUGUAAUGCUUAUAUUUGACCGCGGUGCUUGUUCGCAUGACCAGUCCUUCUGAAAGGUCUGCGCAUUGCGCUAUUCUUCGCAGGUAGAGCCCGUUCUAUGUACGUUGAUUAAAGGUUCCUACAGAUCGCAGUAUCCAAGUAAGUGCAAGACCAAAUGGACAUAUGUGGGCCUGAAAGCUGAGCUGAUGUUGCAAUGACAGAUGGAGUUGGUUUUGACUUUUGUUUGACAUUUCUGUCCCCGCCACCAUUUAACCAGAACCCAAAGGAAUUGAAUCCAAUUUGCUGCUUUGGCUGACCAUGCGGCAUGCAUUUCUUCCUUCACACCCGCACCUUUUUGGACCAGAAGGCGACACUUCCUACAUCACUUUGCUCCUCAUGCGAACCUAUUUAUUUGCUUAUCAAGGCAUUUUGGAGCUCUUUGCACCUGAACCCGCAGGAGGCUGUGCUUAUUCUGAAGAUGUUGGAUCGUUUGGAUGGCCACAAGAACGAUCGUGUGGACUUUGCUAACUUUGUGAGCUGUGCAAGGAAGUUGAAAGGCUACGCCACGAAGGUGGAGAUGAUGACCCUGAUGUACGAUCAUUCCAGGCUGUUGGACACAGUCCAGUCAGAGUUUCAAGAACUGAAAGCGCUCAUUGCUCGCUGACACACCCAGCCCACGAGUG